UAACGAAAGAGCUAAAAAAAACAAAUGUCACUGGUCACUGUCACUUGCAGUGCAGAAUUGCCGAUAGCCAUUUGGUUUGCAAUUUUAGGUUAGAUUAGCGUCAAAAACAAACAAAAAAUCUAUCUAAAAACGAGCACCAAUUAAAUAAAAUAGAUUUAUAUGAGGAAAAAAUGGACGUAAUGAGUUCGUGUCGGUGUUGCCUGCGGUACCCCGCAGACAAGGACCUUACGACGCCGUACACGCACCUUGGCAAGACCGAAAUAUACGCCGAUAUGCUCAAAGAAUGCUUCGAUUUACAUUUGUGGGUGAGCACAUCCAUCUUCAGCGGAAUCUGCUCGGGCUGUGUGGGCCGCCUGCGUGAAGCCAGCGACUUCAAGCUGCAAGUGCAGCUCAGCCAGGUGGAGCUGCUGGCGGAGCUGCAGGGAUUCAGAUUUGAAGAGAAACAACCCACAGACGAGCCGGCUACGGAAGAAGACGGGGCCAGCGAGUCCAGUGAGGAUCUUGUGUCGCCAAUGAGCAAAGAGGAGUCCUCACCGAAGGCCUGGGGCCGCGCCGCCGACCUCACCCCCCGCCCCUACCGGUGCCACGACUGCGGCAGCCGCUUCAAACUCAAGAAGGAAAUAAGCCGACACAUACAAUAUAACUGCGUCAAAGGCCCUUUGGCUUUCAAGAACAGAAAUAUAAAACGCUACAACUGCAAUCACUGCACUUACAUGAGCAGAAACAAACGCAAUCUAUACCACCACGAAAUGAGACAUAUAGGAGAGAAACCCUACCGGUGCGACAGCUGCAACUACAAAACGACUCGAAAAGGGGACUUCGAGAGACAUCAGAGAAUACACACUGGCGAUAAACCUUUUAAGUGUAACUUUUGCGAUUACAAGUGCAUUCAGAGACAUACGUUGUCGAUUCACUUGAGGAGACAUACUGGUGAGAAGCCCUACACGUGUAACCAUUGUAACAGACAGUUCAGCCAGUUACAGUGCUUACGAAUACAUCAGAGAGGACGGCACCAAAGAAAGCCCAUUCAAAUCUCUCCGCGAUUACGCACCUCGAGAAAGAUAAAAAAAUCUUGCUAGGUUCUAAAUAUUGUUUUUCGGAAUAUGGCUCUGUGCAUUAACAUUUCAUGUGUGUCAUUAACAUUAAAAAGGAAACUGUUAUCUGAAAUAUGCAAAAAUACGACUAAAAAUUAAGAUGCUUAUUAUCAUACAUCUUCGGGGAAGGGAGACGGCAUUAGUAUUUCCCCUCUGCCGAAGCAUAGGUUUUUUGACGACCGGUUUGGCCUAGUGGGUAGUGACCCUGCCUAAGCUGAUGGUCCCGGGUUCAAAUCCUGGUAAGGGCAUGUAUUCGUGUGAUGAGCAAUGGAUAUUUGUUCCUGAGUCAUGGGUGUUUUCUCUAUGUAUUUAAGUAUUUAUAAAUAUUUAUAUAUUAUAUAUAUCGUUGUCUAAGUACCCUCAACACAAGCCUUAUUGAGCUUACUGUGGGACUUAGUCAAUUUGUGUAAUAAUGUCCUAUAAUAUUUAUUAUUUAUUUAUAGGUACAACUGUACCUAUGGCGGUGCAUGUUGUGAUCUUUGACGUGUGUCAUUUUCUAUGUAUUUGUGUCGUCAUUGCAGAUUGGAUUUUGUAUGUAGUGAGUGAGAAGUGCGACUGUGUGCACGUUUCCCCCCGCAAAAAAUGGCGGAAUGAUUUGUUCGGUAAGAUAUCGCUUAGGCUCCUUCCUUCUGACGUGUCGGAAGCCGGUGUUGCUCGAAGUCAUAGAUAAACAAAAGGUUAAAUGGUAACUCUGAUUCUCAAAAGUUUACAUUUGACAAUCCUGCGAUCACAAAACAUAUGUACAGUCUGUGCGGAAAGAGAAGAGUCGUGGAAUGUAAGGGCUCCCAUACAUUCUACGACUCUUCUCUUUCCGUACACGGUUCGUAUACACAGCAGCGAAACAAACUUACACUCCUACAAGUACUUAAGUGUAUUUGUAAACAUGCGGAUAGUCUGUUUUUUUUUUACUAUAAAGUACUACGCCAUAACUAAGUACAAACAAAUAAACAUUCCCUACUACCCGUCCAAUGUUGUAAGUUCAUAGUUUCCUGCUACCCAAAGGUUGUCUGGAAGAGAUCGCUUCUUAGCGAUAAGACCGCCUGUUGUUACCUAACUUUUACGUGUUUUUUCAUUUCCUGUCUAUUUUUAAAUGUAUGAUGCACAAUAAAGAAUAUUUACUUACUUACUUAUAUUUCCUAUGGACAGUACUUCAUAGUUAAAGAACAACACUAAUGAAUUCUUGUUUGAUAAUUAAUUAUGAAACAGGAAAAAUGAAUCUUUUUUGGCAGCCAGUUACGAAAACCAUAGUCAUGAAAACGGACCAAAGGUAAUUAUUAAGUCUCAAACGUUUAUAUAUCUUCGAGCAACACCGGCUUCCGACACGUCAGAAGGGAGGAGCCUAUUCUGCCAUUUUUUGCGGGGGGAAACGUGCACAGUCGCACUUGUCACUCACUACAUACAAAAUCCAAUCUGUGAUGACGACACAAAUACAUAGAAAACGACACACGUCAAAGACAAAUCUUGCACACCUCGAUCUCUUUUUGUGUACGGACGAGUCACAACAUGCACCGCUAUAGGCACAGUUGUACCUAUACUUUGGCAGAGGGGAAAUAGUAUGAAUGCCGUCUCCCUUCCCGGUGUUGCUCGAAGUUAUAUAUAGAAAAUUGUCCAAAAGUUUUCGUUAAUUAUUUAAGUGUUAAGUAACUUUUAAGGACUUAAAUAAAUAAAUGUUGAAACGAG